GUAUUUGAGUUUUCUGAGAUCUCAGACUGAGAUGGUUAUGGUGCAAGCAAAUGAAAGAAUGGGAGAAGUAGAGCAAAGUGCUGUUGAAGACUUGAGCGAAAGAGGUCAAUGGAGCAAUAAAGUGGAGUUUCUCUUGACUGUAACAGGAAAUAUGGUUGGUCUGGGCAACCUCUGGAGAUUCCCAUACCUGUGUUUCAAAAAUGGAGGAGGUGCAUUUUUGAUACCUUACAUUCUGUUUGCUGUGACAUGCGGCGUACCACUCUUUGUCCUGGACAUUUGUAUCGGCCAGUACACAAAGCAGAGUGCAGCAACAUCCUGGGGAAGACUCUGUCCGUUAGCAGAAGGUUUGGGUCAUGGAGGCUAUAUAUUUGCACUGUAUACCUGCAUUAGCUACAAUAUUGUUCUGGCCUGGGCUCUUUUCUACCUCAUCGCAUCUUUCAGCUCCCUGUUACCAUGGAUCGGUUGUGGUAAUCUCUGGAACACAGUGAACUGUGUAGAGCUUGUGUCAAACCAGAGCAAUAUGGCUAUCAACAGGACUCAAGAAAAUUUGAGUAUUUCUGCUGUCAUCGAAUUUUGGGAGGGGCGAGUGCUGAAUAUCUCUCCAGGUAUUGAGGUACUGGGUAAAUUGAACUGGGAGCUUUUUUUCUGUUUACUUGCUACUUGGGUGGCCUGUUACUUCUGCACCUGGAAAGGGGUCAAAUCAACUGGAAAGGCAGUGUAUUUUACAGCCAUCUUUCCAUACGUAAUACUGUUAGUGCUGCUGUUAAGAGGUCUAACUUUACCUGGUGCGCUGCAGGGUAUCAAGUAUUACCUGUAUCCACAACCCUCACGCCUCACAGACCCACAGGUUUGGAUUGACGCCGCAACACAGAUUUUCUUCUCAUACAGUUUGGCAUCAGGUGUCCAAAUUGUACUUGGAAGUUACAGUCAUUACAAAAACAAUAGCUAUAGGGACAGCAUUUGGCUGUGUGUGGUUAAUAGCGGUACUAGUUUUGCAGCUGGAUUUGUGGUCUUUUCUGUCCUUGGCUUCAUGGCAGAGAAGCUGGGUGCUGAUAUUGAAGAUGUAGCCCUGCCAGGUCCAGGUCUGGCGUUUAUAACCUACCCUCAAGCAGUGGCCAUGAUGCCUCUGCCACAACUGUGGUCAGCGUGCUUCUUUAUUAUGUUUAUUUUAUUGGUCCUGGAUUCCCAGUUUGUUGGAAUUGAGCUGUUCGUGUCAUCAGUCAUUGACAUAUUCCCCAAUGUGCUGCGAAGGCCCUACAAGAGGGAGCUCUUCCUGUUAUUCUUCUGCACUGCCUGCUUCUGCUUUCAGAUUCUUUUAACAACUCAGGGAGGAGUCUACAUCUUCCAGCUAAUUGAUUAUUAUGGGUUUAAUGGUGCUUGUUACUUCCUCAUGUGUCUGAUUGAAACUCUAGUAAUUGGAUGGAGUUUUGGAGCUGAUCGCAUGUCUGAUAUCAUUGAGGACAUGUGUGAUAAGCGACCCAGUGCAUUCUUCAAAUACUGCUGGUGUUAUUUCACCCCAUUGAUGUGUCUUGGAUCUUUCAUUUUUUACCUGGCAAGAUAUACACCCCUCGUGUAUAACAAUGUUUACAUAUAUCCAGACUGGGCUUAUAUUCUUGGAUGGCUCAUGAGUUCAUUUCCCCCAGUGCUGGUCAUAACAUGGGGUGUGGUGAAGCUAUUUACUCACUCAGGCACACUAAAACAGAGUUUUAAAAGUCUAUGUACUCCAGAUGACAAACUUCCUUUGACACGAAAGCAAAGAGCACAGCUGCAGAGGAAUGAGACUCUAAUGACAGGAAUUUGAUGACCACAUAUUGAUCAAAAAAAACUUGCAAUUAUUCAUAUAAAAAUAUUAUUAAUAUUCGUAAUAUUAUUAUAAUAUAUAAUACACUAAGUGAAACAUUAAUUUACCAUUUAUCUACCCUUUCCUUACACUCAUUAGAAAUGUAGUUAGUUUGUAGACCUUCAUUGAAGAUCAAUCCAUGAUGCAUUACUAUUGACUGUAGUCCAUGUGUUGCUAGACACAAUUUGUCAGUUCCCUUCUACCCUCUCCAUCAAUAGAAUGGAAGGUACACCAAUAUUAACUGGCAAAUAAAUGAUUGUACCUGCUCAAAUACAUAACCCUAUGUCUUUAAUUAUAUUUCUCUGUCUAGGUUGGUGUAACACAACUGUCUUAGGUGGGAAUCAAACCCAGAGCUCUCAUGUACAAAGACACUGAGUUUACUGGCAGA